UGGGAUGAGGGUGAUUAGCUGGGUUUAGGAUGACGUACAGUAACUUUGUGUUUAAUCAUUUGGAUCCUUGGCUUUUGUCCUCCCUUUGCAGAUAGAGGGACACCACUAUUUGCGUCAGUACCAGGGCACACUGUUGUUUUUAAGUAUUGUAGAUGAAAAUCCAUUUUUAAGAUUGUGAAGAAGAUAAUCUAUUACACUGGCAUUUACCUGUAAAAGAAUCUGAGUUGGAUUUAGUCUAUUAUGGGUGCAAAGAUCAUCAUGAAAAUAGCUAUUAAGUUCUCGCUCUACUGGAAUGGAUUACACAUUGCGCCUUGAACGUACUUUCAACGUUCAGCUUCUGUAAGGUACAUUGCACAGCUGUCUUUGGAGAUCAUCAAACUCUGUUUUUUCUUUCUUUGGACUUUAACUAGUUGUUCAACAUGGCUCUCAUGAAGGUAAAGUUUGACCUGAAGAAACGGGUGAAGCUGGCCCAGAUGCUAUGGCUCAUGUACUGGUUUUCUGUUAUGGCUGGUGUUCUUGUCUUCAGCAUGGGACUUUUCUUUAAAAUCGAACUUCGCAAGAGAAGUGAACUUAUGGACAACAAUGAGAGUCAUUUUGUACCCAACAUUCUAAUCGGUGUGGGUCUUUUAGCAUGUUUUCUCAAUGCCUUUGGGGGCAAAAUCUGCUAUGACUCGCUCGACUCCACCAAGUUUGCGAAAUGGAAGUCCAUUUUGCACCCCUUUCUCAUUUGUUGUGUGUUCUUCAACUUCCUCCUCAUCCUCACGGCGGCUCUGUGCUUUGCCAUGCGCAUUCCUCUAGAGUUUACCCUUGCCGAGGGCCUGAAAAAUGGAAUGAAGUUCUACAAGGACACCGAUACACCCGGUCGCUGCUACAUGAAGAGAACUCUGGAUCUCAUGCAGAUAGAGUUCCGCUGCUGUGGCAACAACAACUACAAAGAUUGGUUCGAGAUCCAGUGGGUGAGCAACCGUUACCUGGACUUCAGCUCCAAGGAAGUCAAAGAUCGAAUCAGCAGCAAUGUGGAUGGAAAAUACCUAAUGGAUGGCGUUCCCUUCAGCUGUUGUAACCCUAGCUCGCCACGGCCCUGUAUCCAGCAGCAAGUAACCAACAACUCGGCUCACUACAGCUAUGACCACUACACCGAAGAACUAAACAUCUGGAAACGUGGCUGCCGAGACGCUCUUGUAUCAUACUAUGGUGGAAUGAUGAACUCUAUUGGGAUACUUGUGUUGGCGGUCACCCUCUUGCAAACUGCUGUAAUGAUUGGACUUCAGUACAUAAACACCUCUCUGUCCACGCUGGUCAACCCAGAAGACCCUGAGAGUGAGAGCGAGGGCUGGAUCCUGGAGAAAACUGUCAAAGAGACCUUCACUGAUAUCAUGGCUAAGAUGAAGGCCAUGGGCAAAGGCAAUCAAGUGGACGAGGGGGCAAAUGAAGAGGCUGUUGCCACUGCGAGCUGAGCUAACCCCGCCCACCAAACUUUGGCCACACCUACCUGAGGUAGAGAGCUGUGGGACACAGCCUAAAACUGUAACUAUAUCAUCCACACUACACAAAGUGUAGACAAAGCCAAUUAAUGAAGAACUGGUGAAGAAAAAAUCGGAAUACAAACCUUUGUCAGUUAUUUACAUUCCUUUAAAUAAUUUGGUAUACUAGAAACCAAUAUUAUGGUGAAAACACGUAUUAGUAUACAAAUGAUUGGUUUGUAAAUAGGGGCUUUAAAUAUAAUAUAAUAUAAUCAAGUUGUAAUUUUACCAGCUUCGCUUUCCCCUUUGACUUUGUACUUUGCUACAAAAAAUGUAAACGUUUUUAUAGUCAUUUUUAUAGUCAUAUCUUGUUUUAUUUAUGAGUUGAUAUUCAACCUAAGAAUGGCUAGUCACGGAUUUGGCAUAGUGUGAACGGUAAAAAUAUGGAAACUAGCCUCGGGACAGUCAGUACUUUUAUUUAUUAGGAAUAAACAACACAAUUUGUCAUGGGACAGGUAUGGCAAAUGCAAAGAAAACACAUUUUUAGACAGGUGUCUUUUCA